AUGCUGCAACGGACUUCGCGAUGGACGCUCUGUGCGACUCUCGCUGCGUUGUAUAGCAGUGCAAAGACGCAGGGCACAGACUUGAACGAGUAUACUAAAUGUGCAUGGGGCUGGGCACCCUGGACCAACUGCGACCCGAGUACAGGUCUCCAAGAGAGGCAUAGUGCAACUUGCGAGUCAUGGGUUGAAGUUCGGGAAUGCAAAGAAAAUUCGGAAUGUGGCGACUUUUCGCCAUGGACGCCAGACGAUGCGGGCUGUAAACCAGGUGUCUUUCAGACUCGCAGCAGGUCAGGGUGCUCUAAUAUUAAGGAGACUAGGGCGUGUGCCCUACCCGAUACAGUGUGCAGCGACAAUUGGACUGAGUGGACAUAUUGUGACCACACGCACUCACAGGAGAGGCACAACUCCACCUGUAAUAUGACUGAAGUGCGCGAGUGCAACAUGUCGGCAGAUGAUGUCACAUCAUGCGGCGAGUUUGUCGAGUGGGACCCCCCGCUUUCGGGCAAGUGCACUCUAGGUGGCACACACACAAGGUGGCGCGAGAACUGCCCUGACCGUAAGGAGGUUCGCGUAUGUGGAGCAUUGAAGUGCGAAGAAUGCUCCCCCAAUGCAAAUUGCGACCCCAUUCUUGGCUUGUGCAGUUGCAAGCCGGGCUUCAAAGGCGAUGGGCUGACCUGCGUGGAGUUCAACCCCUGCGCCCAGGAUCCUUCUCCGUGCGACAGCCAUGCCACCUGCACGCAAGACGGAAACGAUGCAAUAUGCCAAUGCGCGGAUGCAUGGAAUGCAGAUCCCAGUGCUGGGACCAGCAACAAGCCGUGCGUCGAUGUGGACGAGUGCGCGAACAACACGCACGAGUGCCCAGCCCACUCCACCUGCGAGAACACCGACGGAUCAUACCAGUGCAACUGUAUGCCCGGUUACGAGCAGAGAGAGGAUGGAUCCUGUGUCGACAUCGACGAGUGCGCGGGUAAUCACGGGUGCCCAGAACACUCAACGUGCAAAAACACUGAGGGGAGCUUCACCUGCGAGUGCAACACUGGCUACGCCGGAGGCGCGAGUGCAGAGAGCCCGUGCGUGAACAUAGACGAGUGCCAGGAUCCAAACAUUUGCUCUGCGAAUGCCAUCUGCACGGACACCGACGGGUCGUACACCUGCAGCUGCCCAGAAGGCUACUCCGGAGAGGGCAGCCGGGAGUCACCUUGCUCCAAGAUCGAUUUCUGCGCAGACCCCUCACUGAACAACUGCGGAGCCCAUUCCACUUGCGUCAACACGCUUGUUACCUUCAAGUGCGUCUGCGACACUGGGUAUGAUGGUGCCGGCACUCCCGAGAACCCCUGCAUGGAUAUCAACGAGUGUUCCACAGAAGCACCCGCGAACGAUUGCAAUCGCAAUGCAACUUGCACCAACACCGAUGGUUCCUACACCUGCGAGUGCAAAUCCGGUUUCACGGGCGAAGGCUUGGGAGCAUCUGGCUGUACCGACAUUGACGAGUGCGUCGACUCGCCUUGCGACGCUCAUGCCGCGUGCUCCAACACGCAGGGUUCUUACGAGUGCACGUGCAACACCGGAUAUGAGCCCGUUUCGAGUGAUGGCCAUGAAUGCCGCGACAUCGACGAGUGCGCAACGGGAUCCGCAAGUUGCCACGUGUCUGCACGAUGCGUGAACACCGACGGCAGCUACGAGUGCCAGUGCUUGGAGGGCUUUACCGGCGAUGGGAAGACGUGCAAUGACGUUGACGAGUGCACAGCUGAUACGUCUCCGUGCGGCCAGCACUCAGCUUGCCAAAACACCAUUGGAAGUUUCGCGUGCGAGUGCAAGCCAGGGUAUGGCAGCAUGGACGAUCAGUUCAACUGCUUUGACGUUGACGAGUGCUCCGACGCAAACACUCAUAUCCCGCCAAACUGCUCCUGCGUUAACACUGACGGCAGCUACGAGCUCGCGGCGAACCCUGGUUACGAACUGCAGGACGCCCAGUGUGUCAAGAUCGACUUCUGUUCCCGCGGCGCAUGCAACAGCUUGGCAACUUGCACAGAAAACAGCGAGGGAACCGCCGCAGUUUGCACGUGCAUGGCCGGCUACGAAGGUGACGGCACGGCCGAGGGGCAGUGCACGGAUAUCGACGAGUGCACUAGAGAAAACGACUGUGCAGCUACGGAAGAUGGCGGCGUUUGUGGAAACACUGUGGGUUCCUACGUGUGCACAUGCAUGGAAGGAUAUGAACAAGAUGGAAAUGUUUGCAAUGAAAUCGACGAGUGCGCCAACGGCACACACAACUGCCACGCCUCUGCGACUUGCACAAACACACCUGGUAGCUUCGAGUGCAAAUGCAAUGAAGGCUUUGCGGGCAGCGGCACUGAGUGCAACGACAUUGACGAGUGCUCCACAAACGCCGACGACUGCGGCGACAACACGAAGUGCACUAACACCAUUGGCAGCUUCGAGUGCGGUUGCCUUGAUGGCUAUGAGAAGCAAGAUGAAAAGACAUGCGUCGACGUUGACGAGUGCACAAAUGACCUGAACAAUUGCUCGGUAUACGCCACUUGCACCAACACCGAUGGCUCCUAUACCUGCAAGUGCGACCCUGGCUACGAAGGCGACGGUGUCAAGUGCGAAGAUAUCGACUUCUGCGGACAAGCACGUCAUGAUUGCAACCAGCACGCCGAAUGCUCUGAGAGCGACGACAACACGACCUUCAAGUGCACUUGCAUUGCUGGGUAUAGUGGCGACGGCCACGGCGAAGACGGCUGUCAGGACAUCGACGAGUGCGAAGAGGAAAACCCGUGCGGGGAACACACUAAUUGCACCAACACUGUCGGAAGCUUCCAGUGCUCAUGCCAGGAGGGCUUCUCAGGCUCUACGGAGCUCAAGACGCUCACAUGCGUGGACAUUGACGAGUGCGGGGACACGGCCAGUAACACUUGCGCCAUUGCCGCGGAUGGCGGUGUUUGCGAAAACACAGUUGGCAGCUACACUUGCUCUUGUCGCGAAGGUUACCAGGGAGACGGCCACAGCUGCGUAGACGUUGACGAAUGCGCGAGCUCGCCAUGUGGUGGAAACACCGAGUGCGAGAAUACGGCUGGCUCAUUCAUUUGCCAAUGCUUGGAGGGAUACCAACGCGUUGAUGAGCAACGCUGCGAGGAUAUCGACGAGUGCGAGAACGGGACUGCAACGAUUCCCGCCAACGCCAUUUGCGAGAACAACGACGGCAGCUACACUUUCACGUGCGUCGCUGGAUACCGCCUUGUCCAAGGAGCUUGCGUGAAGAUUGACUUCUGCGCCGAGAAGGGAUGCAACGCACACGCGACGUGCCAUGAAAACGAUGAAGGCACCGCGGCCAUCUGCACAUGCCGCAGUGGGUACGAGGGUGACGGCGAGGGCGAGAACGGAUGCACUAACAUCGACGAAUGUGCAACCGGAAACCCCUGCGAACAAUAUGGUGAUGGUGGUAUCUGUGUGGACACUGAUGGGUCCUUCGAAUGUGAAUGCACAAGCGGAUUUAUUAAGCGGCGUUCGACCUGCAAUGAUGUGGACGAGUGUCUAGACGGAAAAUUGAACACCUGUGCUCCCAUUGGGGGACAAUGCACAAACACUAUCGGGUCGUUCACUUGCGCAUGCCAGCCCGGAUUCAGUGGGAAUGGCCACGAUUGCACGGACAUCGACGAAUGCGCUACUGCCACACAUAACUGCGACCCCAACGCAACUUGCGUCAACACUGUCGGCAGCUUCAAAUGCACGUGCAAUAGUGGCUUUUACGGCGAUGGCAGUUCAUGCGAAGACAUUGACGAAUGCGCCGACCCGAGCAAGCACAACUGCGACACGCACAAGGGGGUCUGCAAGAACACCACUGGCUCGUUUGCCUGCGGUUGCAAGGCCGGAUUCAAACUGGGCAGCGAUGGCAUUACUUGCGAGAAUGUGGACGAAUGUGCCGCCGGGACUGCGGUUUGCAGCGACAACAGCUUCUGCGUCGACACUCAGGGUUCGUACAAAUGCGAAUGCAAGAACGGCUACAAGCAGGAAGGCGAAGAAUGCGUGGAUGUCAAUGAGUGCGAAGACGGCGUCCACUCUUGCAGCGAGCUUGCCACCUGCGCCAACACCGAUGGCAGCUUCACAUGCACGUGCAAUGAAGGCUACCAGGGUGAUGGCCGUACCUGCGAGAAGACUGUUGGCCCGUGCGAUUUCGCACCCUGCGGUGUCAAGGGUACUUGCGAGCCCAACGGCGAGAGCUAUACCUGCAUUUGCCAUACUGGAUACCACCUUGUCGAGGGCAUCUGCCAGGACAUUGACGAAUGCGAGGAUUUGACGCACAACUGCGACCCGCAUGCUACUUGCGCAAACACCGAUGGUUCAUUCACUUGCACUUGCGGAUCUGGGUACACCGGCUUUGGUACGACUUGCCAAGACAUUGAUGAGUGCGAGGGCAAUGCUGCGAAGUGCGACAUCAGUGCAACUUGCACCAACACCCCUGGCUCGUUUACCUGCACCUGCAAUACCGGAUUCGAGGGAGACGGUUUCACCUGUGAAGAGAAGCCCAUGCUGCCGGGACAGCAGCAUUGCAGUUCUUGGACAACAUGGAGCAAGUGCACUGGAGAGUCGAUCUACAGCACACGCCAGUGCAUCGUCCUGCCCUCCAAGAAAGAACAACGACUCUGCCUGGGAGCUGAACCAGAGAAGGAGGGGUGCGGCGAGUUCAGUGAGUGGUCUGACUGCAGUCACGUUGACAACACUUCCCGUCGUCAGAGAGAAAAAUUCGGAGAAGCCGGUUGCGAGGAUGCUGAGGAGAUCCGUGAAUGUGAAGAUCCAGAAGUCGAGGCGAAAUGCGAGGCCUUUGGCGAAUGGUCCGAGUGCGGCACACCGAAGGAGGGCAUUCGCACGAGAACUCGUGGCAACUGCCCAGAGGAAGUCGAGUUCGAGCACUGCGAGAUGCCCAAGGUUCCUACCCCAGCGGAGGAGUGUACAGCGUUUGGACCGUGGAGCGCCUGCCAUGCCACCGAGAAUGGAGUUCUUGUGCAGACUAGAGACUGCACGAACGUCACCCUGCAGGAAAGCAGAGUUUGCACAACCGUCGAUCCCGAAACCUGCGGAGCGUGGACUGAGUGGUCCGAAUGCAACUUGAAUAAGCAAUACCGCGUAAAGGGGGACUGUCAGCAUGUAUACGAAGUUCGCAGCUGCGGAGGUAAGAGACAAUGCGGCGAAUGCAAUUGGGGACCGUGGGGAGAUUGCGUUUUGGCAGUCGGCGACAAGUUCUACAAGGGCCGCUCCUCUGAUGAGUGCGGCCGCAUUGAGAUGCAGCAGUGCGAGCCACCCACCACUGCGCCGGAAGGGGAGUGCACAGCGUGGACCGAGUGGUCUGCAUGCAAGGACGGCGAACAGUCGAGGCAGUGUAUUGACUCGUCUGGCCAGGAGACACGCGCUUGCUCCACUCAAAGCGAAGAGGAGGAUGCCUGCACUCCGUUCGGGCCUUGGGAGCCGGCAGAUUGCCACACAGGCGAGACCAUCACGCGCACACGCACCUGCAACGGCGAGCAGCAGACUGAAACCUUCCAAUGCGAGAAUCGGCCAGCACCUGAAUGCGGCGAGUGGGGCCAGUGGAGCGACUGCUCUGUCGAGGUUGGAGGCAAGCGCGUGCGCUCAAGAGUGGACAACUGUGGAACCGUGGUCUAUGAAGAGUGCUCAAGCGCCCAGGUGGAGCAGGAGCAGCAGGAGGACUCGACUGUGUGCACACCCUGGUCUGAAUGCGCCAUGAGGCAGGAGAAGCGCACCUGCGUUGUCACCUCCAAUGGCCAGACGAAGACAACUCGCGAGACACGCUACUGCGAAAGCGUACUCCCGAACUCUUGCGGCGAAUACGGGGAGUGGUCUGAUUGCGAUCAAACCGGGACGCAACACAGGUCGCCAGUCAACUGCCCUGAAGUUGUGGAGACGCGCGCGUGUGGCGCCGACACCUGCAGCCCAUUCGGCGAGUGGAGCGAGUGCGGCUCCCCAGAGCCAGGCCUGCGUUCUCGCCAAAGGGACGACUGCACAGACGCACCGCCGUGCCUGUGCUCUGAGACAGAGGCCUGCACUGCCCAGCCAGUAGUGCCGAUCCCCGGAGAGGAAAACCAAGCUGGUGGUAGCGACGGUGGAGCCGGCAGCGGUGGGGGUGGCGCAGGAACCGGCAGCGGUGAGGGUGGCGCAGGAACCGGCAGUGAUGGAGUCGAC